UGGGAGCAGUGGGGGAAGUUUCCUUUGCUGCCAUUCCCCCAGCUUCUAAGCCCCCAGUGAAAACAUUUAUCUCCCUCUGCUUGUCUCUCUCGGGUUCCCAAAGCGAGGUGAAAAGCUAACGAUCAAUCAGUGCUUAUGAGCUGGGAGGGUUUAGGCAAGGCCCCCAGACAGCUGGGGCCCAACAGGGAAAGUGUGACUCACCGUGCCCCUGCCUGCCAGCUAUUAGCACAAAGCCAUUUUAAAAAAUGAAACCAACGUAGGCUGCCCAGAACAGUUCCCGGGACACAGGUGGUAGGAUUGGGAAUGGAACGCAGCUGUUGUUUGUGUGGGCUCUCUGGCUGGCUUUCACCAGCGCUUCUCUGCUGUCUAGUUCAGAAAUAGAUCCGGGUAGGGGAGAACUUCCUGGGCUGGUUAACCGCCCCGCCCCCCUGAAAUCCUACCAGCACUUUCAUCCAAGGAUAACUCCUUCCUGGCUUUUUCUGGACUUCAGCAGUGGCCGUGGACACGACUUUGCACGUGGAGUGGAACGAGGUGAAGACCCUGCCUGCCCUCUCGCCCCUGGGGAGCACCAGGACGUCGCUGGUCCACAGGCUGGUCCAGCAGAGCUCAGUGGACAGCCAGGACUCUCUCGAGGUAAAUGUUGAAGACACUGUCGAAAUGUUACCCAAGUCCCGGCGAGCGCUCACCAUCCAGGAGAUCGCUGCCCUCGCCCGGUCCUCCCUGCACGGUAUCUCGCAGGUGGUGAAGGACCAUGUCACCAAGCCCACGGCCAUGGCGCAGGGCAGGGUGGCUCACCUCAUCGAGUGGAAAGGCUGGUGCAAGCCCGUGGACUCCCCGGUGGCCCUGGAGAGCGCCUUCAACUCCUACUCGGACCUGAGCGAAGGGGAGCAGGAGGCCAGGUUCGCAGCAGGGGUCGCCGAGCAGUUUGCCAUCGCCGAAGCCAAGCUGAAGGCCUGGUCCUCGGUGGACGGGGAAGACUCCAACGACGAAUCCUACGAGGAGGACUUUGGGACCAGCGCCAACAGCACCCAGCCAGCUGAUGCUGCCGGCCAGCCACCGCCCGGCUCCUUCCUGAAGGAUCUCCUCCACAGCCGCCUGGGUCAGCUGGGCAGCCGGCAGGGCUCCUGCGAGCCCGAGAGCGACUCCUCCCAGACCAUCUCCCCGGAGACCUUGUGCUCCAGCUUGUGCAGCCUGGAGGACAGCCUGCUGCUCAAGGAGCUGGGCUCGCCCGGCGACCUGGCCGCCAAGCUGCUGGGCUCCAUGGCCGGCGAGGGCGAGUUGCUCCUCUCCAAGCUGCCCCCUCAGACUGGAGAAAGUGCCUUCCGGAGCCUGGGCCAGCUGGAGUGCCAGGACUCCAUGUACUCCAUGUCCUACACGGAGUCCUGCCUCUCGCCCACGGAGGACGACAGCCUGGCCAGCAAGGACUACCACACGGCGUGCAAGCUGCCCGAGGACAGCUGCGAGGUCCGGCGGAAAGUCUCCGACGUGGCCUCCUCGGGGGUGGUGUCGCUGGAUGAGGAGGAGGAGGAGGAGGAGGAGGAGGCUGAAGAGCAGUGAACUGGUCUUGGUCUGUGGCAUGCUUCACCUGCCAUCUCUGUCCCACUCUGUGACACCCCCCUUGGGCCCCAUUCCCAGAACCACCUGUUCUCCUGGAGGGCGAGUCCUGUCUGGGGAUGGCGUGAGCCUUAGCUGGGCAGGGGAGGAUGGUGGAAGGAAAACCCAGCACCCCCGCUGGCGGAGAUCUCUGACGCCCGAGGCCCCCGGCCUGGCGGCCAGGUGGAUUUGCUUGCUGCGUCUCUCUCUCUCUCUCUCUCUCCCCUCAUCUGUUUUUUUGCAUGAGACUGUUUUGGGGCUAACAACCCUCCCCCACCGGAUGCAGAGCCGGCUGAACCUGACGCCCGCUGGGACGGUUCUGAGCACGUUCUGCACCCUGCCUCCGAACCCCUGCGGAGCCUUUUGCUGUCCGGGUGGCAUGGCUAGUGCUGUGAAAGCAACACGUGUGUGUUCCCAGUGAUGAUGAAACCCUGCGCCCUGGCCCCGGCGUGGACUGUGCUGGGUUGUUCUGCACGCCUCUUGGGAUGCUGCUGUUCCAGCCGUCGGCACAAACCAGCCCUUUGCUUUUCUGGUCCUGGGUUUUGUAUCGGGAGCCGGGCCAGGGCAGAGCAG